GAAAGAAGUUUGUGGGUUUGCGGGGAAGAGAGAGAGAAACAAAAAGAUGGCUGUUCGACAAAGAGCAGUAACAGCACUUCCAAACCUCAUACGCAGUCUCCGCAACGAACAUCCUCUCAAGCUCAAACCCUCUCCUCACAACAAUCCCAAUUCCCUGCCUUCUCUCCGUCGCGCUUUCUCUUUAUACGAUCAGAUCAAUCUCAUUGACAAUGUCCCCGAAGACCAGCUCCGAUUUCAAGGGUUUAAAGAUACUGGAUUUACUGUAAAUGGAGUUGAAUAUGAAGGAAGUUUGCUUUGUGUUGGAAAUUUGAUCAUGUCUUGGAAACCAACAAAGUUUUCAGAGAUCACCGCUGAAAGCUUGUCAUUCUUUCAAAUUGUCCGUCCUAUUCCAGAGAUUCUGAUUGUUGGAUGCGGAAGGAACAUUCAGCAUGUUGAUCCUGAACUAAGACAGUUUAUUCGGUCAACUGGCAUGAAGUUAGAAGCUGUUGACUCGAGAAAUGCAGCAUCAACUUACAACAUACUGAAUGAAGAAGGUCGCAUCGUGGCUGCCGCACUUCUUCCAUACGGAGUUACUUCAUGAAGCCUGGACCUAUACUCUUGUAGCUACCCUUUGUUCAAAUAUGCUCACAUUCAUCAACACCAAAAUCUUGCCUUAAUCUGCAGGACAUGCUUGGAUUUUCUAUGUAGAAAUUUCUGACAUAUCAAUAGGACAGUGAGUUAAGCACAUGUAACCUUGUCCAUGUCUGUUGAUGUUUUCAAAUGUAAUAAUAAUGACGAUAAUAAUGUAUAGAACAGCAGCACUCAUAAAUCCAAGCAAAUUUGGCUUUUCUAGUUGGUAUUUGUUUGGUUUUAAAUUUCAAUGUUACUUCAUUUUGUUAGA